AAUCAGACUGACAAAUGACAAGCAUAAAUAAGGUAUUGUUUAUUGAGAUCUGAUAUAGUUUGGUACAUUGGUUAAAAUGAAAUAAAAUAUUAUUGAACUAAAGAUGAGUGAUUUCGUUAACGCAACGGAAGCAGCGUCUCUGGCUGUGCAGUUUGAUCAAACAGGCCAGACUGAUAAAGCAGUAGAAUGUUACCGGACUGCUGCAAGAUUGUUGGAUCGUGUGUGUCAUCAAGUUUCUUCAGAGAAGCAAAUAGAAUUCCGACGUAAAGUAAAAGAAUACUUAGAGCGGGCUACACGCUUGCAGGAGCAGAAAGAUGGAGCCCAACAAGAGGAAAGUAUAAGAAAUCUACAAAAAUGUUAUUUUCUGAUGCAGCAAGCGUUAGACGCAGAUGAGGCCAAUUUGAAGGAUUUAGCUCUGCAAUUAUACACACAGGCAGUAGAGUUGGCUGUUAGUGUUAAAUCAAGUGACCCUGAUGUAAUGACAAAGGUGAAAGGUUUAGCAGCACAAGCUCUGGAUAGAGCCGAAGAGAUUAAAGGUAUCAAGAAAAUGGGGGCUUUGUCGAUUACACCAGGUAUAACAUCAGGUGUAUCACCAAAUCGUGUUCAUCUCCAACGAGAACAGAGUGUCCAUUUAAAAGUGAGUGGAAAACAAGUGUACACGGAAGAGGAAAAGGAAGUACUGCGAACGACAUCCAACAUCAACAACAACUGUUUCCUUCCGUUUAUGGAGGUGGAUUUGUCAGAGAAAUUCCAAUAUGCAUUGCCGUUUGAAGACAGAGCCAGUGAAUUGAAACUGUCAUCGAAACAGGCUAAGGAGUUCCAGUGCUGGGUUCGGCCUCAUGAAGUAUCAAGUGAUCCCAAGAUGAUCGCUGGUGAUGACGUCGAUUUCUUCAGCAUCAAACAGACUAUAGUAUCAGAUUGUUCGUUCGUGGCGUCGUUAGCUGUAAGUGCCUUGUACGAAAGGAGGUUCAAUAAGAAGAUAAUAACCUCAAUAAUAUACCCAAAGAAUAAGAACAAACAGCCCGUGUACAAUCCCUUCGGCAAGUACAUGGUUAAGCUGCACUUAAAUGGUGUCAGGAGAAAGGUCAUCAUAGAUGAUCGUCUGCCAUACAGCAAGUACGGGCGUCUGCUGUGUUCGUAUUCCAGCAAUAAGAACGAGUUCUGGGUGUCUCUUCUAGAAAAGGCUUACAUGAAAGUCAUGGGAGGCUACGACUUCCCCGGCUCCAAUAGCAACAUCGACCUCCACGCACUAACCGGUUGGAUCCCGGAGCGGUGCGCGAUCCGGUCCGAGGCGGACUUCAACGCGGAUGGUUUGUAUGAGAUAGUGCGGGCGAGGCUGGAGGCGGGACACGUGCUGGCCAGCGUCGCCACCGGGGACCUGUCCGACGACGACGCCGAGCGGACCGGCCUCGUCGCGUCGCACGCUUACGCCGUGCUCGACGUGCGGCUGGUCAAUGGCGUAAAGCUGCUGAAGCUCAAGAACCCGUGGUCUCACCUCCGCUGGCGAGGCAACUACAGCGAGCUGGACACUGUUCACUGGUCGCCGAACCUCUGCUCCGCACUGGACUACGACCCGGACAGCGCCGCUCAGUACGACAACGGAGUGUUCUGGAUAGAUUACGCGAGUAUACUGAAGUUCUUUGAUGUUUUUUAUCUCAAUUGGAACCCCGAGCUGUUUAAGUUCACUUAUUGCAUACAUCAGAAAUGGGAAGCCGGUAACGGUCCUAUUAAAGACGCGUAUACGAUAUCAGAGAAUCCUCAGUACUCUUUGAAGGUGAACGGCACUGGCGCCGUCUGGUUGUUACUGACGAGACACAUCACUAAGAUAGAAGACUUCAGGAACAACCAGGAGUACAUAACACUACUCGUUUAUAAGAACGGGAAGCGAGUAUACUAUCCACACGACCCACCUCCUUAUAUAGACGGUAUACGUAUCAACAGUCCCCACUACCUCGUGAAGAUAAUAGUGGGGGAGAACAGUUCGGACAAAUACACACUGGUCGUGUCCCAGUAUGAGAAGACUCGCACCAUAUACUACACGCUGAGGGCCUACGCCACGUGUCCGUUCGCAUUGGCGAAGCUGGACCCAUAUCCCUAUACCAAAACUAUCAGAGGUGAAUGGUCGGGCAGAACAGCCGGCGGUUGUGAAAAUCACAGACAAACUUAUCAGAAUAACCCAAAAUAUAUAAUAACGGUCCCAGAAAGCAGGAACCCGUGCCACGUCACCAUAGAACUGAAAGGUCCCAAAGAAUACCAGAUAGGAGUAGACGCGAGGGUUGAAUCCUUGGACGAUCCAAAUAUAACCGCGCCGUUCUUGAGGGAAUCCUCAGGAGCGUACAGAUCUGGUUUCGUUGUGCUGGAGUUAAAUAAUUUACCAGGCGGACGGUAUCUGCUCACACCAUCUACCUUCUAUCCGGGACAGGAAGGGCCAUUUUUCCUUGAAUUGAGAUCUACUUGCAGCAUCACAGCCGAGAGGAAGAAUGAAUGAUCUGACAAAUGAAUGAUUGAAUGAAUGAACGGAAUAGAUAGUAAGGUGUACACCGCACAGGCGAUCAGCAGGGUUAAGCUUUUUAAUAACGUAGUUUGUAGUUUAUCUGAAAUGUGUUACAAUAUUGAGUCCAAUGAUAUGCCUUAAUGUUUUUGCAUGUUGUAUGAGAAAUAAUAUAUUAUGUUAGCAAUGUUUAAUAUUUUAUUGACCAAUAUAUGUUAGGAGUAAUUAAUGAUAUUUACAGCUCAGUAUUGUUGUCGCCUUAUUUUAUAUAUUUUGCAUGUGUUUGAUAAAAUAGAUAUUUCAGGACGGACUGUUAAUGGAUAGUUAUUGAAACUAUUUGGAAAUUCAAGUAGAAGAUGGGAAUAUUUUUUCUGGAAGUUAGAGGAUACGAGUUUAAUGUAAUUAUUUAAGAUUAUCUGUUUUUUUUUUAGAUAUAAAAAUCAUAUCGAAACAUGUACGCUAGUGUUCAGUUUACUCUGUGGCGGUAUUGCUAGUCACAGGUUCAUGUCGAUCUGUGAGUCGUUAAUUAUAUAUAUAUUUUUUUGCAUUAAACGCUAUUAUGUGUAGCUCAGCUUCCGCUUAACGGCACUGUGAUAAUAUAGAUCAUAUGAAGGGAAUAUUUUGUACUAACCUCAAUAAUAUCUGACAAUCACAUAUUUGAAUUUGGAAUUUUAUUUUUAUGAGCUAAUUAAAUAUUUAAUAUAU